CACAGGACCACAGCAGCACUGAAAACACCCCCCCCCAUGUAAGUGAAACAACGAAGAGGCACAUAAGACAUACAGGAAGCACAUCAGCGACUACACAGAGGAACCUCGCUUCAGAAAUAUCAUGCACAAACCUGAGUAAGAAAAUCAGCAUUUCAGAAGGGGCAUGUCACAUUAUCUCCCUCUGGCUUCUUCCUGCUGUCUCUCACAACCUUUGCAUCAUACGAACAUGGAAAACAAUAGGACUCCCACAUCUAUGCAGGACUCUCCACUGUGCGUUGUUUUGUUUUUCACUCAAACAUCAUGUUGUAUUUUAAUCAAGAAGACAAUCUGGAGCAGGAAGACUAACUUCUGAGCACCGGAGCAAGAGGUGAAGAUGGAGAAGUCACAGAUGUUUGGCUUCUCUCUGGAGACAGAUGACAGGACGGAGGAGGAGAAAGCGCUGCAGAGAGCAGCGAAAAUGCACGGGGGUGUGGUUUCUGCCCUGGGUUUGGGCCAGGAGUCGCCCAAGGCUCCCAUGGACACCGAUUACCAGGAGGAAAUGGAGGAGUCCAAACCUAAAAUCAGUUUCAAUCUCAACUUUGACAAAGGGAUUCGAGGUGUGGAGCAGCACAGCGGGAACAGAGACAGCAAGAGGUUUAACAUCGAUAGGUUGUUUGAAGCGGUGGCCAGCAGGGAUGUCCAAAAGCUUGACGGCCUGCAUCAGUACCUGCACCAGAACAUGAAGAAACUCUCCAACUCUCAGUAUCAGUCCUACGGUAAAACCGCCCUGAUGAAGGCUCUUCUACACCUCAUGGACGGCAAGAACGAGACGGUGGAACUAUUAAUCGACAUUUCAGAGAAGAUGGGCGACAUUAAAGAGUUUGUGAAUGCAGCCUACACCAACAGCUACUACAAAGGCCAGACAGCUCUCCAUAUAGCCAUUGAGAGGAGGAGUAUUCCCUAUGUGAAGCUGCUGGUCAGUAAAGGAGCAGAUGUCCAUGCCAAAGCCUGUGGAAUAUUCUUCCAGCCACACGAUGGCCCCAACUUCUACUUUGGUGAGCUGCCUCUGUCUCUCGCAGCCUGCACCAACCAGCCUGACGUGGUGGACUUCCUCAUGAAGAGCGAGUACCAGCGAGUCGAUGCUAGGCUGGCGGACUUUCAGGGCAACACUGUACUGCACGCACUGGUGGUGGUGGCUGACAACUCCAAGGAUAACACAGAGUUUGUUACUAAAAUGUAUGACCGCAUCCUCAAGACCACUGCCCAACUGCACCCCAAACUGAAGCUGGAGGACAUCGAAAACCUCAAGGGGCUGACGCCUCUCAAAAUGGCUGCCAAGACUGGCAAGAUCGGGCUUUUUUCCCACAUCCUAAAGAGGGAAUUCCAAGAGAGUAACAUCAAACAUUUGUCCCGUAAAUUCACUGAGUGGGUUUACGGCCCCGUCCAAAGCUCCCUGUACGACCUGGCCUCGGUGGACUCGUACGAGGACAACUCAGUGGUGGAGAUACUGGUGUACGGUAGUGACAUUCCUAACCGCCACGAGAUGCUCCAGAUGGAACCUCUGAGCCAUCUGCUGGAGGAGAAGUGGAAGAAGUUUGCAGGUCGAAUGUUUUUUCUCAACCUUCUGGUCUACAUCCUGUACCUGGUCAUCUUUACUGUUGUAGCCUACAAUAAGCAACUUAAAACGCCACCGUUUCCCCUCAAACACACCACAAUGGGGUACCUGUAUGUUUCAGGCCAGCUACUGACAGCGCUGGCAAACUGCUAUUUCUUUCUCAUAGGGAUCAUGGACAUGAAGAGGAAACGGCCGAAGGUGCAGACAUUGCUGAUUGAUGGAUAUUAUGAGAUUCUUUUUUUUGUGCAGGGCGUCCUCUUCCUGGUCACAGCCGGGCUGUAUCUGUUCGGGCAGGAGCAGUACCUCAGCUUCCUGGUGCUGUGUCUUGCUCUCAGCUGGGUGAACAUACUCUACUUCUCCAGGGGCGACAGGCACAUGGGCAUCUACAGCAUCAUGAUACAGAAGAUGAUCAUCUGUGAUAUCCUGCGCUUUCUUCUUGUCUACAUCGUCUUCCUAAUUGGAUUUUCAGCAGCGGUGGUCACCCUGCUCGUAGAGCCUGCGUACAACGUCACUGUAGCACCGAAGCAGCGAAUCUUUUCUCCCGUUCCCCUUCAGGAUUGUACAAAACUGUCCUUCAGUAGCAUCUCCUACACCACGCUGCAGCUCUUCAAGUUUACUAUCGGCAUGGGCGACAUGGAGUUCGUCCAGGACCACGACAGCAAGGUGGUCUUCUACGUGCUCCUCAUCGGCUACAUCAUUCUCACCUACAUCCUGCUGCUCAACAUGCUCAUCGCCCUCAUGAACCGCACCGUGGAGAGGACCACCAUGGAGAGCACCAGCAUCUGGAAGCUACAGAGAGCGAUCACUAUCCUGGACAUGGAGAAAAGGCUGUCUUGCUGUCUGAGGAGGAGGUUUCGCUGCGGGGUGAAGAAGAACCUCGGCACUGCUCUCGAAGAUGACCAUCGCCGCUGUUUUAGAGUGGAGGAAGUCAACUGGAACAAAUGGAACAUCAACCUGGGCAAAAUCAAUGAGGAUCCCGGAUGUUGUGAUCGUGCCCAGCAGCCUGCUGCGAACCCCCUGCCGGACAGAGGGAGGAGCUGGAGAGGCUUAUUUAUGGAGGGCGGUCGGCGGCGGCAGACAUAUCAGUCCACAGAAAUGAAUCCUCUGAGCACCACGCCGGUCUAAAGAGACACCAGAGAGCCUCACUCUGGUUGCUCAGCCUCACUGACCCGAGCAUCGAGGUAUUCAAACCUAAAGACAGUAUUCAGUUUCAGUUCCCUAAGACAUGUAACUGUCAAAUGUGUGAACUGCCUUUCUGACUGACUGACGUAAGCCUGAUUUUUAAUUUAGCCUUCGAGGAAUUAUUUCACUGAGAUGAGCAGUGAUCGUCUGAUAAUUGUGUAAAAAUAAAAAAGUCAUACAUUUACGGUACAUUAAACAUUUAAUCCAAA